AUGUCAAACCAAAGCAACAACAGACUGCCAGUUCUACCAAGUAGACUAUCAUUGGAACAAAUGCAAAAGAGAUUGGAGCUGGUCAAGAAAGGUCACUCUUUAUUGAAACAAAAAUCACAAGGACUGACGGACAAAUUCCAAGCUACCCUCAAGGAAAUCAAGGAAUGCAAAGAGAAUCUUCCAAACUUAUUUAGAACGAGCUUUUUUUCACUUACUGAAGCUAAAUAUGCUGCUGGAGGAGACAUUUCUUUAGCGGUGAUGGCGAGUAUUAGAAAGAGUGCUUCUAGAGUUCAAGUGAACAUGGAGAACGUUUUAGGAUGUCAGAUCCCACAAUUUGAAAAGGAACAACCAUGCAUUGCUCUCAGCAAACCUGAAGAUCGUAACAAAACCAAGAAUAGGCCAAUCAUUUCACGAGGUUGUUUUGAAAUUGAAAAUUGCAAAAAUGUAUUUCAUCAAACAUUGGAAAAGCUUAUUGUACUAGCUUCAUUACAAAGUAGAUUUCUCAUCCUUGAUAGGACUAUCAAAGCAACUAAUCGUCGUAUGAACGCAAUUCAGAUGGUUGUUCAACCCAAAAUUCAAAAUACGAUUGCUUAUGUACUUGAGGAGCUCGCUGAACAAGAAAGAGAAGAGUUUUGUAGAUUGAAAAGGAUCAAAACCAAAAAGCUAAAGGAUGCCAAACUGAAAGCCAAACUGAAACUGUCACAAAAUCAUGCCAUGGUCAGAAGAUAA